AACACCGAUUUCACAAUGUCAAUUUGCAUGGCGGUGCGUCGCUUUUUUGCUAAUCAUUCCCGUAUAACAACAAAUUUAUCCGCAUUUACGACUAAACAACGGAAAAUAUAUACUUGUGUGAAGACUACACCUCAGUUUGUAGCUGACAAAAGAAUAUUGUGCGCGCGCGCAUCCACUUCAGCGCCUUUGAAUAUGGUCUUCGUUUACCCAGAAGCGAGGAGGGAUGAAAGCGUCGUCGACGACUACCAUGGCACUAAGAUCCCCGAUCCCUACCGCUGGUUAGAAGACCCGGAUUCCAACGAAACCAAAGAGUUCAUAGAGGCAGAGAACAAAAUCACGCGGCCGUACCUGGACGCGUGCCCCGUCAAGUGUGACAUCAACCAGAGGCUCACCGAGCUCUGGAACUACCCCAAAUACUCGUGCCCCUUCAGGCGGGGGAACAGAUAUUUCUUCUUCAAAAAUACCGGUCUACAGAAUCAAAAUGUUCUAUACGUACAAGACAGUCUGGACGGCGAGUCGCGCGUGUUCCUGGACCCCAACACGCUGUCCGAGGACGGCACGAUCGCGCUCUCCGGCAGCCGCUUCACCGAGGAUGGCAACACCUUCGCCUACGGACUCUCCGCCAGCGGCUCCGACUGGAUCACUAUACAUCUCAAAGAUGUUGCCACAGGUGAAGAUUACCCAGAGGUCUUAGAAAAAGUAAAGUUCGCUUCAAUGUCGUGGACUAAGGACAACAAAGGCUUAUUCUACUCGCGGUACCCGGACCAGGCGGGCAAGACGGACGGCUCGGAGACGGAAGUGAACCGCGACCAGAAGCUGUGCUACCAUCGCCUCAACACGCCGCAGGCUGAUGACGUCAUCGUCGUCGAGUUCCCCGAGGAGCCGCUAUGGAGGAUCGGCGCGGAGGUGACGGACUGCGGCAAGUACCUGAUCGUGUCGCCCGUGAAGGACUGCCGCGACAACCUGCUGUUCUACGCGGACCUCAGCAAGCAGCCGGAGAUCAACGGCAAGCUGCCGCUCACGCAGAUCGUCUUCAAGUUCGAGGCCGACUACGAGUACGUGACAAACGAAGGCUCGGUGUGCAUAUUCCGGACGAACAAGGACGCACCCAACUACAGACUCGUUAAGAUCGACCUCAACAAUCCCGCCCAAGAGAACUGGACUACACUUAUACCUGAGCAUCCCAGUGAUGUGUUGGACUGGGCAUCGGCAGUAGAUAAUGAUAAAUUGGUCAUCCAUUAUGUCAGAGAUGUGAAGAGCGUCCUCCAGAUGCACAGCAUGUCGUCGGGCCAGCUGCUGCAGUCGUUCGCGCUGGACGUGGGCUCCGUCGUGGGCUUCUCCGGCAAGAAGGAGCACUCCGAGAUCUUCUACCACUUCAUGUCGUUCCUCUCGCCCGGCGUCAUCUACCACGUCGACUUCACCAAGAAGCCUUAUCAGCCCACUGUGUUCAGAGAGGUGAAAGUGAAAGGCUUUGACGCGUCACAGUAUGAAGCCAAGCAGAUAUUCUACAACAGCAAAGACGGCACUAAAGUUCCUAUGUUUAUCGUUUCUAAGAAGGGUCUGGCUCGCGACGGCUCGAACCCCGCGCUCAUCUACGGCUACGGCGGCUUCAACAUCAACAUCCAGCCCAGCUUCAGCGUCACGAGACUCGUCUUCAUGCAACACUUCAACGGGGUAGUCGCUAUUCCCAACAUCAGGGGAGGCGGUGAAUACGGCGAGAGGUGGCACAACGCUGGCCGGCUUCUAAACAAGCAGAACGUGUUCGACGACUUCCAAGCCGCCGCGGAGUACCUGAUCGCGGAGAAGUACACGCAGCCGUCGCUGGUCACCAUCCAGGGAGGCUCCAACGGCGGCCUGCUCGUGGCCGCCUGCAUCAACCAGCGGCCCGAACUGUAUGGGGCCGCCAUCGUGCAGGUCGGAGUGUUAGACAUGCUGAGGUUCCAGAAGUUCACAAUCGGACACGCGUGGGUGUCUGACUACGGCAGCUCUGACAACAAGACUCAGUUUGAGUACCUGCUGAAAUACUCUCCGCUGCACAAUAUACACACGCCUAAUUCGGUCGCGCAGUACCCGGCCACGCUGGUCCUGACGGCGGACCACGACGACCGCGUGGUGCCGCUGCACUCGCUGAAGUUCAUCGCGGCGCUGCAGCACGCGGCCGGGCCCGCGCCCGCGCAGCGGCGGCCGCUGCUCGCGCGCGUCGACACCAAGGCGGGGCAUGGCGGCGGGAAACCCACUACCAAGAUCAUUGAAGAACACACCGACAUCCUGUGCUUCAUGAGUCAAGCGCUCGGCCUCGAAUUUAAGAAAUGAACCCACCUGCCAUAUGUUACGAAUAGUAUUAAACGAGAUAAAACUAACGCGAAUAGUAUUAUGUAAAUAUAGCAACAACAGUGUCUCGGUGAUUACCUCGGGGUCUUAGCUAAGACUGGUGAUAUUGUUACGCAUUGCUACUAUUAUUAUUAAUAAAACUUUGUUUUUAUUUUUGA